AUGUUAUUGAUUCCCUCAUUCAGACCCAAGGCUCAGCGGCGGAGGCAACCAAUCAAAUGCGACGAGACGAAACCCGCAUGUGAGCGGUGCACCGACAAAGGGCUCAAAUGUCCUGGCUUUCCGUCGCAUCCCAAACUUCGCUGGUCCGUAAAGCAUGAGGUAUUUGGCCUCAGACGAUCAACGGUUGAAGCAGCCCAUUCACAGACCUCUGGAGAGUCAUGUAACUCCUCUUCGACCAACAAUGAGGCAGCUCAUCUCAGCCUCGAUUUGCAGCCUGAGAGCGAUGGCGCACGGCAACAACAGCGAUCGGAUAUCGCGACACCCCAUUCGGCUCCAGUCAGCGGCGUACUCGGCGAGACAGGGCCUGGUGAUGCCAGCAGGGUCGACACCCUCGAGCUUCAGUCGGAGAUCAAUGACGAGCACAAACUUGCAGAGCAGAAUUCAUACCCAUCACCCCAUAGCGAGAAUACAAGCACAGCGACUAUCUCCCCAACCCAAGACUGCAUGAUGUGGUGGCCGCCAUGUGACGAUGUGCAGGCAGACGAGACGCAGGACCUCACGACAAAUGCGUCUUUCCAGCAUCUGGCAGUCAACGAUCCCCCGGGCUCAAAUGUGCAAUCUGACCCUCUCGACGGAACAAACGACACCUUCACCACCACCACCACUCCCGAGAUCUCGCAGGCCGACCAGACCCAGCUGCACUCCCAGUUGACUCAUCUCGAUACUGGACUAGUUGAGGCAUAUUUCCUGGUCGUGUGCCCCAUCUUCUCGACCUUUGACUCGCAACGCAAUCAGUUCCGGACGUUUGUGGGUCAGAAAUGGCACAGCUCGGUGCCCAUGUACAACGCGAUCCUGAGCAUGGCCGCGGCCAAACUGUCCUGGCAGAAUCCCACCAUGAAAGUUCACGCGCUGGAGUACCAGUCCAUGGCUCUCAAGUCUCUCCACUCGGCUCUCUCCAGCGGCACGGGGGAGACGCUGAGCACCGAGCUUCUCUUCGUCGUCCUGCUGUUGGGCCUGAGUGCGUGUUGGCACGAAAUCUCAGACCUGGGCACAAUGCAUCUGCGGGCGCUGCAACACGCCAUCACCGCCAAUCGGCUCCCGUGGGCUGGUGAUGAGUCUCAGCAUCUAGACUUCUUCAAGGAAGCCCUGGUGUACUGGCAGAUGGUGGCUUGUCUGGUGGAUGACGACGUGCCUCUCCAUGAUUAUUCCUCCACGUCGGGCCCCAGCCACCGAACACAACAGAAGCAAACCACACAUGCCCAGUCUUUCGUCAACAGAGCGCGCAUCACGCCGCAUCCGUGGGCGGGUGUCGCCACAGCACCGCAGGCGAUCUUUUCGCGCAUUGUACGACACAUCCGGUCUCUACGAUCGUUCCACCCAGCAGUCUCGGGAUCGAGUGCCCUUCUCAGCCGGCCCAGUGACUUCCUGGAGACGCUGAACACCUUGGAGGAAGAGCUCUGGACGCUUGACCUGCCGCAAUUGCAUGAAAUCGCCAACACCGGCGACGAGAACACGCCGGCAAUCCACCAUCUUCUGCUCGCCGAAGCGUACAUGUUCGCCUGCCUCUAUCAGCUCUACUACAUCUUCCCCAACCUCCGACGAAAACGGAUCCGGCGCAUUCUUGCCGCCGAGGAGGACCACGUCAGAGGCUGCUCCUGUCGAUCAUGGACGCAAUCCCACCUCGGUCUGUGGUCGUGCCUUUUGAAGGAAGAGGCCGGUGGUGGCCCAGAUGAAUGGCUGAACUUCCUCGGCAGCAGUAUCAUCAACCGUCUGGAGCAGGUGCACAUCACCUCCGGCACGGCUUGCGUUCAUGCAUUGUUGCUACUUGUCGGGGCCGGCUCUCUCUGUGUGCGCCCGGAGCUGCAAGGCAGUGACGCGGAGGGAGACAUACUUCGGUCACGACAGUUUGUUCUUGAUCGCAUUUCGGCGCUGGCGAGCAGGAUGCUCUCGGCGCCCCUCCUGUGCGUGGCACAGGCGGUCUCUGAGAUCUUCAAAAGACUCGACCUGGGGGUCAAUGUAUUCUGGAUGGAUGUCUUACAGUCUAUGGGUAUUGUUACAAUCAUUGGAUGA